AUGUACUGAGUCUUCGGGAGCAAACAUUGUAUAAUGAGGUGCUAGACCUGCGAGCGAAGCUUGCAAUCUUUUCUUCAUCGGCUACUAAGCGAUAUUUUUCCAACUUGGAUAACUAUAAAGAAAAACAGCAAAAAAACAUAAAGAAGAUUAAGAGCUAUCCUUCCCCGUCAUCUUUUGCACUUCUUAAUAAUCUUAUUAACUAUCAUGUUAAAGACAAGCAGUUACUUAUUCACCAUUCUCCAGAAUGCAUUGGCCCACCAACUCUUGAGUUCAUUAAUGGAAUGGCUGACAUAUACCACAAUGAACGUGAACAUUUUAUAGUGUUUAAAGAAAAAAUUCAUAAAUUAUUUGGUGAGGAAUUAAGAAUAAUUAGCCUGGAAGAUGAUUCUUCAAAUGAUGGUAUAUUGGAAUCUAACGUCUUUUCAAAAAGUGUUUUAUGCUUUCUUGUUGAAAUGAAAAAUGAAAUUGGGACUGGUAGCUGUGAUCCAACUGUCCAAGCUAGUGCUUCUUAUGCAAAAUAUUAUACCCAAGAGACAUAUAGGAAAGUACUCAAAUGGUACAACUGGCUGUCUUUUAUCUUAUACUUAGCUGGACCAUGGGUGUGUAUUUUAAGGGCAGUAUAUGUUGAGAAACCUAUUGUAGAUCUCUUGACGGACUUUAUACCUCUUAUUUCUACAAACAAUUGA